CCUAACCAAACCGUAUGCAUUUGACAUAGCUAUAUAGCUAUAGCUAUUCAGAAUUUCUUGCCGCUUACAACAAGAUGUCUGUAGCAGCUGCUAAUGCGAAACACUACAAGGCACUCGGGGAAGACCAGUGGAAGAACCGCACAGAGAAGGUCAAUGCCGAGCUCUUCAGUUUGACCUAUGGAGCUCUGGUCGUCCAGCUCAUCAAGGAUUACGAAGAUUAUGGAGAGGUCAACAAGCAACUGGACAAGAUGGGCUAUAACAUUGGCACCCGUCUCAUAGAGGAUUUCCUGGCACGGACUUCGAUGCCACGUUGCGCUGAUAUCCGCGAGACCGCCGAAGUAGUCUCCAAAGUCGGAUUCAAAUCCUUUCUGAACAUCACGCCUACCAUUUCCUUUCCCCAAAACAACACGCAAUCCACGCCGAGCUCUGCCGGGGCAAAAGGGCCGACUGAAUUCAUUUUGACUUUUGACGAGAAUCCACUGGCAGAGUUCGCAGAAUUGCCGAAAGACGCCAUGGGUACAAAAGGAAAGCCGCAGGCCGGGCCGACCAGGACGAAAUGGGCGACCGGCGAAGUCGGUGGGCAGGAGGAAGGGCUAUGGUUCAGCAACAUCUAUUGUGGCGUGAUAAGGGGUUGUCUUGAGAUGAUACAAAUGCAAGUCGAAACGACCUUCUUGUCGGAUGUUCUGCGAGGUGACGAGUCUACGGAUAUUCAUGUCAAACUUGUACGGAUGCUGGAAGAAGAACAGCCUAUAGAUGACGAGUGAAGAGACAUUGGCCCAAAAUGUCACGAGUUGUAUACAAAAGCAGAACACCCUGUAAAUCUACGAGCCAUUUCCAAUCUUGCGGG